AUGUCUUCUCACGUUGGCCAUCGUGUCUACGCAAACAUGUCUUCUCCUGCUGAGGGAGCUUCUGACUCAGUCCAGGGUACUCCAAACACCCAGAUCACUGUCUUCUCUCCUGCCGAGAGCUCCCAGGGUACCUCCAUCCAGGGCAACAACUAUGUUGGCCAGAGCCAGGCUUCUGAGGACCCCUUCGUUGAUGGUGGCCUUGCUCAGGGUAGCACUCUUUCCGCUACGGCUUCUUCCUUCCAACCCAUCGGUCAGAGAUUCAAGGGAAAGAAUGCACUUGUGUUCUACCCAGAGGGUAGUCCCACUGUCGCUGGCGCUCUGAGCCAGGAUAUGGACAUCUCUCACCGGAUCGAGGUGUGCGACACUCCUACACCCUCUAUUGUCGAUCUUGGUAACUUCAUUACCGAGCUUACCCAGAAGGGAGUCAGGUUCCACGGCGGACGCAACCUGGAGACUACCGGAGGGCAUGUGUACGUCGUCUUCGAAGACCUCCGUGAUGCCGCCUGGGCCUUCUACGCUAUCCGCAAGGCUCCCAAGGGCUGGUUCACUGCGUACGUGAAGAUCCGGCCUGAGCGCCUGGACCUUGGCCUCGUACGAUUCUCUGAGCUUAGACAGCUCAGCAUCGAGGUCAACAUCCUCAACUUCGCAAUCAUCGAUCCCGCCCAUGUCGAUGAGAUCGCCCAGCGAGCCCUGAAUGUCUACGGUCAGCUUUUUGCGCUGAUCAGACAUUUGAGCUUCCCCAACGGAGCCUUCCGCGGUGUCGCCCAGUUCUGCAAGGCUGCCGACGCCUUCAUCGCGUUCAAGGCUUUCGGCAACGGCAUUACCACCGGCGGUGUUGUCAUCACUCUGUCUAAGCCAGAUGACGUUGGCGCUGCGCUCGAGAUCAACGCCUUGGCUGCCAGCAUGGGCAACAUGUCUGUGCAGCAAGGGUCCCGUGGCGUCGACCGAGGUCGCCACCAGAGCUUCUUCGCUCUCAACGCCCCGCAGGGGAACCCCUUCGCGGCUGCUGGCGCGGCUAGUAUGCCAUUUCCAUCAAACGUUCAGCAGCAGCCCUUCACAGGGCAGCAGUUCGGACCACCUCCAGUACCUACCAACAGCCUCGUUGCAUUUGGCAAUGCGAACGACUUUGGAAGGUUCGAUCCGCGCCGAAGUGCGGGCCGGUAUGGCCGCGGCUCCCGUGGGUUGAACAACAUCGUUGACCUUGGGGAGCUCAUUGCUGGACGUGAUGUCCGUACUACCAUCAUGCUUCGGAACAUUCCGAAUAAGGUGGACCAACCUCUCCUAAAGAAGAUCGUCGAUGUUUCCUCCUUCGGGCGCUAUGACUUUAUGUACUUGCGAAUUGACUUUGCCAACGAUUGCAACGUCGGCUAUGCGUUCAUCAACUUCGUCAAAGCCGAGUACAUCAUCGACUUCUUCCAGGCACGAGCCAACAAACGCUGGAACUGCUUCCGCUCGGACAAGGUCGCUGAGAUCUCCUAUGCGACUAUCCAGGGAAAGGACUGCCUAGUGCAGAAGUUCCGAAACUCAUCUGUCAUGCUCGAGGCCGAGCAUUACCGUCCUAAGCUUUUCUACACCAUCCACAGUGAUGAUCCUAACCUCGUCGGCCAAGAGGAGCCAUUCCCUGGCCCUGACAAUCAGUCGAAAAUGAAGCGCUCGGUGGAGAACGCUGAGCAUGUUGGGCUCUUCACGCCUACUGCUGGGCAGUACUUCCGCGAUGAGCAGCGCCGCCGCCACUCUCAAUAUGAUCGCGGCACUCGUCUGGCUGAGCUGGAGGAGAUUUCUUACGGAUCCGGUGUUAUCCCUUACCGCGGUCCCGGCCGCUACUAG